UCUAAUGUCUUCUAUUGUUAUUCGAACAAAUCUAACAGCGGCAUAUUUAAUUUUUUUUUCAAGUCUUAGAUUCUUUACUUCUUUUUUGACUAUAUCUACCUAAAUAUAAUGGAACAAGAAGACCACGAAUGGGAGCUUAGUAAAGAAAACGUCCAGCCAUUAAAAGAAGGACGUUCUAUGUCCUUUCUUGCGGCUGCCCUGCACUCGGAUCAAGAGGAACAUACAUUGAAAAAUCAACAAAAUGAAUUUGAAGUAGAAUUACGAACGUAUAGUGGUGAUGAUCCAUUUGAUGUCUGGGACAGAUAUAUCAAAUGGACUGAACAAAAUUUCCCAAAGGGUGGCCAUGAUGGACAACAGAUUACAUUGAUAGAGAGAUGCCUUCGAGAGUAUCAGACAAAUGAGAAGUAUUUAAACGAUGUGCGGUACAUUCGUUUAUGGACAAAAUUUGCUUGCUACUCUGAUGACCCAGUAGAUGUGUACAAAUAUAUGUAUGAUAACAGCAUUGGUUUGGGAGUGGCCUUGCUCUAUGUUGAAUGGGCCUCAGCAGUGGAAAGAAAAGGUGACAUGAAGUCAGCAGAUCAAGUAUACAAUAAUGGCCUGAAGCAAUGUGCACAGCCAAGGGAUCUCUUGCUACAAAGACAUCAACAAUUUCAGAGUAGAGUUGCUAAAAACAUCCGUCUCCAGAUGGUGGAGAGUCGAAACCCAGGACUCAGCUUGGAUGAAAAUGAAGAGAAAAGAAUAACACUAGGUCGACUGAAGCCUAAAGGAGCAUCUCGUGGCGUGGGGGUAACCAGAACUGGAUCUGUUGUCAUUGGAUCAGCUGGAAGUCUGAAAGAUUCAAGAGCCUCAGUGUCUAAACAAUUACCUGCUAAGGGGAUUCCCAUCUUUUGUGAUAGUGAGAAUGCCUCUCAGCACCAGCCAUUGCCAACUCAUGAAUGGCAGUCCUUGCCAGUCAAACAUAUAGACAAUGUUGAAAAUGAGAAGAAACCCGGAGUCUGGUCCAAUGCCAAAGUGAAACAGAAGCCAGGUACAGUCCCAAGUGUAGCCCAGGCUUGUCCAUUUGAGAUCCAUGUGGACCAAGAAUCUCAAGAACAGGCAAUCAUAACUCCAAGAAAAACAACAAUAAUAAGCCACACACAGCCACUAAGCUGUCACAAAGCACCCAAGACAGAUGUACUAAGCAGUGUCAGGCCACAAGAAAAUAAAGAGCCUAGCAAUGAAGUUGUUAUGUAUCAGAAAGAUAAAAUCUACAAUGGUCUGUCUGAGUUUAGCUUUGAGGAGCUUAGGGCCAUCAAGUACUGGAAGGAGAAGAAGGAAAGAGAGGCAGAAGCUCGGAGACUUCAACAAGAAGAGGAGCGCAAGAAGACAGAGGAAGAUUUGCGAAAACAGUUAAAAGAAACAGAAGAACGACUGGCUAGAUUAGAAGCCAUGAUCCCAAUGAUGGCAAUUACAAGAAGCAGCUUACCAUCAGACGUCCAGGUCCAGAGUUCAAUGCAGGCCGUUGUACCAAGUCAACCUAUCGUGCAUGUACAAAGACAGCCAUCGUCUUGUGAAUCAUCCCAGAUUGCCUCAGUAAACACUUCCUCAUGCAGCAAUGCUAGUGCACAAAUACCAACAACCUCAACACCAUCAACUGAAUCCACCAACUCAGUGAGUGAUUUGUCCAACAGUAACCAAACACCAACAAAUUUAUUGUCGUCCAUCAGUCUACCCAGUGAAUCAUCAUCGCUUACAUCUUCAGACAAGAAAGAGGACAUCAAAAAAGAAAACACCAGUGUUAAAAGAACCCCCAUGUUCAACAGUCUGUCCACAUAUUCCUCACUGACUGGCAACACUUCUCUGAAAUCUUUCAAACCUUCAAUUAUGAAAUUGAAUGAAGUCGCCCAUGUAUGUCCAGCAAGCUCCAGCAAGGUCCCAGUAGGUCAAGCGCCAGGUGUUUCAUCCCAUGAACACAUCAACCAAUCCCAAGAAAGCUUUCAUUUAGCAGCUUGCAAUGACUCACUGUCCGCAUCUCUUGGCAAGACACCAGACAGUUUCUCAGUCAAGAAAAAGCACACAGCUCCAUCCCCAACAGUUUGUACAAAAGAAGCGAUGCAGUGUGUGAUGGGUAUGUUCAGUGCACCAUUCAACAAUUCUGGUCUAUCCACCAGUUUAGAAGAAAGUAAUGUGUCUGUGUUACAUUCAACACAAGGGAAUCCCUCUGUUGGAUCCAGAAGACCUCUGGAAUUCAUUGAUGAUGGUAGUAGUGCCCCUCCAGUCAAAAGGUUAAAUCUCAAAUCAGGUCUACAUUCAAUAACUGAAAAAGGCCCUCUGAUGAGUGGUGCUCAUGGUGGCUUGCAGAUAUAUUGUGACAGUGACAUAGAUAAUAGCCAGCAGAUAGACCAACAUGUACAGACCAGUGCUAGCAAAUCUUUGCAAGUGUCUGAAGAUCAGCCAAUGCUCACAGCCAGCACAAAGAAAGGUUUGCAAGUGUAUGAAGAUCAGCCAAUGCUCACAGCCAGCACAAAGAAAGGUUUACAAGUGUAUGAAGAUCAGCCAAUGCUCGCAGCUAGCACAAAGAAAGGUUUGCAAGUGUAUGAAGAUCAGCCAAUGCUCACAGCCAGCACAAAGAAAGGUUUGCAAGUGUAUGAAGAUCAGCCAAUGCUCACAGCCAGCACAAAGAAAGGUUUGCAAGUCUAUGAAGAUAAACCAAUGCUUGCGACCAGCUCAAAUAAAGGUUUGCUAGUGUAUGAAGAUAAACCAAUGCUUGCUACCAGCACAAAGAAAGGUUUGCAAGUGUAUGAAGAUAAACCAAUGCUUGCUACCAGCUCAAAUAAAGAUUUGCUAGUGUAUGAAGAUCAACCAACAAUGCCUAGUACUAAGAAAGGUUUACAAAUAUACCAAGAUCAAUCAAAGUCAAGUGCAUGCAACAGUUUACAGAUAUAUCAAGAUCAACCAAUGUCCAAUGCCCUUAGAGGUUUUCAGGUUUAUCAUGAAGGACAAAUCACAGAACAUGUCUUGGAAUCUCGGAGUGUUAUGAAGACUGUUCGGCGUGGUCUUGCAUUUGCUGGUUCUGAUGAUUUAGAAAUGGUCGAAGACGAAAGAACUCUGCAGAUAAACAAAGACUUUACAAUCAUGGGCCAAGCUGUUUCAGACGUGACUUUAGCACCACUGGAGAACUUCACUAUGCACAAUAAAAUUGCUUCCACUCCUAUAGCUGGUCCUCUUUCUCCCCUUGGUCGUGAAUUUGACUUGCCAGGUAUGACUGUGGAGUUCACGUCUUCAGCUUUGGUUCCUGUAGCAUCUCAUACCAGUGAAGGAGAACACUCUACGUCUGGCGGCAACCAUUUGAGUCCUAUCAUGGAAGGCGGAGAGUCAGGGAGCUCUGAAGAGUCAGCUCAGCAAUCCCAGGCAACAAAAAGUAGUGAAACCAUGAAAACUGAGAAACUGGCUUGCACUAGGCUGGAGUCACUUCAUGAAGAACAGAACGAGUCCAGAGAACAAAAGAAUGCUGUGCAGUCUGCCAGAGAAACAUUACAACACUUAGUGGUGCUGAGAGAUCAGGAAGAUGUUUGCCACUUACCUAUUGCUACAAAAGGAAAUAGACUUGAAAAAUCUCUACUGGAUAGCUCCUGCCACCACCACAUUGACACCACAGCCUACCUGAACACAGAGGAAACAUGUGAUGACUUAUCUAAAUCUAUAGCUCUGGACCCAAGAGAUCCUUUUGAUGAGAACACUAUCGCUCAAAUUCUAAAUCAACUUGAGCCUCCAUUGUCUUCCUACCCAAACUAUUACACCAGUAAGACAUCAAUUCCACCAUUGGCUAGAAAUUCAGUUUUUAGGAAACCAGGUACUGAUGAAGAAUUUUACAUUAGGGAAAUGAUUGGUGAAGGUGGCUAUGCUACAGUCUACCAGAUAAUAGAAAUUAAUAUGACUUUGAGUGACACACGAACACAAACACUUUCAUUAGAAGAGAGCUACAGUAAACCUGAGAUCAAAGCUUUGAAGGUUCAGUCUCCUGCCUGCUACUGGGAGUUUUAUAUCAUUUGUGAACUGAGGAAAAGGUUGACUCAACUGAAGUCUCCAAUGGAUGUUAGACCAAGUGUAAUUGAAAUCUACCAGUCUUGUUUCUUUCGAGAUGCCAGUGCUAUGAUCAUGGAUUAUAUGAAUCAAGGCUCACUGCUAGACUUGGUCAACAAAUACAAGAACGUCCCAAGUCUUCUGGCUGAGGUUGAGCCCUUUGCUGUCCUGAUGACUGUUGAGCUUCUUCACAUGUUUGAACAAAUUCACAAGUGUGAUAUCAUACAUGGAGACGUCAAGCCUGACAAUUUCCUCCUCAUGAGCCUGCCAGAUGUUAAAAGAAGUACUGAUCCCAAAGACAUUUUUGGCAACAAACUCAAAUUGCUGAAAUUGAUUGACUUUGGCCAGAGUAUUGACAUGAGGCAGUUCAAAAAGGGCACAACCUUUACUGCCAAAGUAGUCACUUCAGGCUUUCAGUGUAUAGAGAUGAGGACAGAUAGACCAUGGACUUACCAGACUGAUCUAUUUGGUUUGGCUGGCACAAUCCAUGUUGUUUUAUUUGGAUCCUACAUGAAUGUCUACCAGGAGCAUGGGGUAUGGAAAAUGACUGGUAACUUUGUCAGGAAAUGGAAUGUUGCCUUGUGGAAGAAUUUGUUUUACACACUCCUGAAUAUCCCAUCAUGCCAUCAACAACCAGAUCUGGCAGAACUCAGAAAACCUUUUGAAGAAUAUUUUAUCAGCAAGAUUGGACAGUACACAAAAUGGAGAAUAAGCUUGGAAAAAGUUUAAUUUUUUAUUUUUUUUAAAGAUUUUGAACUGCAUUUUAGAAAAAUAAAUUCCAACAGUCAUAUGCCUCACUCCAGAUACUGGAACAGGAUUGAUUGAAUGCUAGUGUGACUUACAUGCUAAUGUGAACUUAAUGCUAAUGUGAGUUAAACUAUACAUUAGUUUGUGGAAGUUCUGCCAAUCAAAUUUGUGUACCUUUGUACACAGAAUGUCAGUUGUAAAAGUAUGACUUGUUACAAACUUUGUACAACAAAUUUAUCUCCAUUUACAUUCACCUUUUUUUUUAUAUACAUUUGUGUGUGUGUUACUUCUAUAACUGACUGUAUAAUGUCCUUCAUUUACUUCCAUAACUGUACUUCUAUAACUGACUGUAUUAUGUCCUUCAUUUACUUCCAUAACUGACUGUAUUAUGUCCUUUAUUUACUUCCAUAACUGACUGUAUUAUGUCCUUUAUUUACUUCCAUAACUGACUGUAUUAUGUCCUUCAUUUACUUCCAUAACUGACUGUAUUAUGUCCUUCAUUUACUUCCAUAACUGACUGUAUUAUGUCCUUCAUUUACUUCCAUAACUGACUGUAUUAUGUCCUUCAUUUACUUCCAUAACUGACUGUAUUAUGUCCUUCAUUUACUUACAUAACUGACUGUAUUAUGUCCUUCAUUUACUUCUAUAACUGACUGUAUUAUGUCCUUCAUUUACUUCUAUAACUGAUUGUAUUAUGUCCUUCAUUUACUUCCAUAACUGAUUGUAUUAUGUCCUUCAUUUACUUCCAUAACUGACUGUAUUAUGUCCUUCAUUUACUUCUAGAACUGACUGUAUUAUGUCCUUCAUUUACUUCUAUAACUGACUGUAUUAUGUCCUUCAUUUACUUCUAUAACUGAUUGUAUUAUGUCCUUCAUUUACUUCCAUAACUGACUGUAUUAUGUCCUUCAUUUACUUCCAUAACUGACUGUAUUAUGUCCUUCAUUUACUUCUAUAACUGACUGUAUUAUGUCCUUCAUUUACUUCCAUAACUGACUGUAUUAUGUCCUUCAUUUACUUCUAUAACUGACUGUAUUAUGUCCUUAAUUUACUACCAUAAGUGACUGUAUUAUGUCCUUCAUCUGGUCAAUACAAUUUUUUCGCAAGUAUUUCUCCAUUUGUGUUUUAUAUUUAAACACUUGGUUAUAAAUCAUGUCAAUAUAUAAAUAAAAGAUUUCUUAUUUGUCAAA